AUGCCUAAAGAGUUUAUUCUUUUAAGAAAGCAUAAAUAUAUAAAUAUGGCAGAGACGACCACCUGAACCUGGCGCUAUUUUCUCAACAAGCAUCAGGUGGGGAAACCAAGCUGAGAAAUGGUUCGGCAUCCCUUGGUGUAUAUUGGGCGUGAGUUUUUCUUUGCCUCAGAAGCUAAUCAUGGAACAUGAGUUUUUACCUCCGGUGAUUCUUUGAAAGGCACCAGAUCAAGUUGAACAACAGACUCCUUUCUAGCUUGCAGGACGGUUGGUGCCUGGCAUGAUACGGGAGUUAUAUCUCGAAAAAUCAGUCCUAAGGACUUUGGAGCUAGAAAGUCCUAUCCAGCUGUGCAAAACUCUACUGUGGCAGAAGGAGGGGUAUCUGCCGAAUCUCUCUAG